UUCAGGUACUGGUGGAAUGACAAAUAUGAAGGUAAACAAAUACAUACAUAUCAUGAAAAUGAUUCACCAGAAUGGUUCGAGAAGAUGUUAUCUGAGGGAGAUAAUUUGCAAGAAGAUACUGUAAGAAAACUGACAGAUAGCAUGACAUUUAAAGAUAGUGAAGAUAUAGACACAAGAGAUCCUAUUAUAUUGAGAAUAGAUGAUGGAGUAAUAGAAUGGAUUGUAACAGAUUUAAAAGAAGCGAUGGAAAGAACACAAAAAUUCAAGCUUAUAGAGAUAGAGCAAGGAGAUGAUAAUGAAAUACAUGAUUCUGAAGAAGAAAUAGAAAUAAUAGUAGAAGAUAAAACGUGGAAGUUAAGUGAAAUAAGAAUAGGAUUAAUACAACUAAUAGUAAACCCAAAGGAAAAGCUCGUCAGAGAAAUAAUGAAAUUUGGAAUAAAAGAAAAGAUAGAAACGGGAAUACUGUCAACAAGUAAUUUUAUAAGAUACUAUAUUUUUCAGGAAGGGAGAUUUGAUAAGUCUGAAGACAUAAAGGAAUGGAUGGAUUUGAGUACGAUAAUAUGUAAUAGAUGCAAUAAGCAGAAAUUAGAUUAUAUAAUAUCAAAAGAAAAUGUCAGAUGUGAAGAAUGUAAUCGGGAAAUACGGGAAGAUGAACAAGAUGAAUUAAUAGAACUAAAAAACAACUUAGAAAAAUUAGGAUACGAAAUGGAUGUAUCGGAAAUUCAAAGAAUAAAGAAUUUUGGAGUUAAUAAUCGAAUAAUGGUGACAGAAGAAUUCAUAGAAAGGUAUAUGGGAAUAAUAGAAUUAGAAGAUAGAGAGUUAAGAAAAG